CGCAGCGCCGCAUUAUUGAUCAACUGUAGUGUGACAGUACAGAUCUGAACAGAGAAAUGGCAGAAACCGCUCCAGCUCCAGCAGCCCCGCCGGCGAAAGCGCCCAAGAAGAAAUCUGCAGCCAAAGCCAAGACAGCGGGUCCAGGCGCGAGUGAUCUCAUCGUUAAAGCCGUGACGGCCUCCAAGGAGAGAAACGGUGUGUCUCUGGCCGCCCUGAAGAAAGCUCUCGCCGCCGGCGGAUACGAUGUGGAGAAGAACAACUCCCGCGUCAAGCUCGCCAUCAAGAGCCUCGUGACUAAAGGCACACUGGUCCAGACUAAAGGAACCGGUGCUUCAGGAUCUUUCAAACUCAACAAAAAACAAGUCGAGACUAAGAAGCCAGCGAAGAAAGCCGCUCCUAAAGCAAAGAAGCCCGCCGUGAAAAAGCCCGCUGCCGCUGCCAAGAAGCCGAAGACCGCAGCGGCAAAGAAGACCGCCGCAAAGAAAUCUCCCAAGAAGGCCAAGAAACCUGCCGCCACCGCCGCUAAAAAGGCAACGAAGAGCCCCAAAAAGGCGAAGAAGCCAGCGGCCCCCAAGAAAGCAGCCAAGAGUCCGAAGAAAGCAGCUAAAAGCCCCAAGAAGGUCAAGGCUGCAAAACCCAAGACGACAAAGCCCAAAGCAGCGAAGCCUAAAAGGGCCGCCCCGAAAAAGAGGUAGAUUACUUCUCCAGACUUUCUAUUAAAAAAGGCUCUUUUAAGAGCCACCCACCAGCCCACUAAAGAGUUGUGUUUCAGUGAUGUGUUGAUAUUAUGGUUGUGUUCUCACAUUUAAAUCUAUUCAUUUGGCAGACGCUUUUAUCCAAAGCUACUUACAGUGCA